AGAUUGUAUUGGGAAGGAGAAGCAAGUGUGGGAGUUUCAGGAAGAGACUGAGAUUUAGAGGAGUGGUUAAGUAUUUAUAACUCCCUUAUGCUUCCACUUUCUUAUUUAGUGACUAGUGCACUCACAAUGAAUUCUUCUGUUCUUCUCUUUAUCUUGUUUUUUGUGUGUGCAUCAGCCCAGCACAAAUGUCCGCAUCCUCCAAGCGAAUGGUGCAGUUCCUGGGAAAUUGCUAAAGCUUGCCAGGUGGAAGAGCAGUGCCUGGAUUACUAUAAUAGUAAAGACCUCAAAAAGAACAAUGACGAAAAUGUGCAGGUGGAUCUUUAUUAUGAGAGUCUUUGUGGGGGUUGCCGCAGGUUCCUUGCUCUUCAGCUGUACCCCACAUUUCUAAUGUUAAAUGACAUUGUGAACAUUACACUGGUGCCUUAUGGGAAUGCACAGGAAAGAAAUGUUUCAGGAAAGUGGGAAUUUGAUUGCCAGCAUGGACCUGAGGAAUGUUAUGGAAACACUAUAGAGGCAUGUCUUAUGUACCUCCUGAAGGAGAACGCUGACUACUUUCCUAUCAUCGACUGUAUGGAAAUGUCCCCCAAUGUUACCAGUGCAUUACAGCCAUGCCUUGAGGCCUUGAAGCCAGAACUGCCAGUCAAAACAGUACUGGACUGUGUGAAUGGGGACCUUGGAAACAAACUUAUGCACGCUAAUGCUCAGCGAACCCAGGCUCUUAACCCGCCACACCAGUAUGUGCCAUGGAUAGUUAUCAAUGGAAAACAUACCGAGGAUCUGCAGACUCGAGCUCAGAAUUCAUUAUUUAAUCUUGUCUGUGAACUUUACAAAGGAACAAAACCAGCUGCUUGUACGGGAAAAGAUGUGACACCUUUGAAAAGGGAUUCUUUAUGCUUAAACUAAACUAUUGUGAAGAAAAAGUUUCAAGAUGUUAAAUAAGUGAAUGAUAAUAAAUCUCUGUUAACGUGAUUUUUCUGAUAUUAAAAUGUAAUUUUUAAACAA